UGAUUUUGGUUUCAAUGCGAAAAGAUGUAAUGGGUUAUCUGGAGGGAGCUGGACUUAAGUGUGUCUUCAGUGCUCACAUGUCACAACCUGUCUUGUUCUGAGGCACCCAGCAAUAGAUUGCAUCGAUCAUCAAAAAGUCUCUUCACAUGUACACAAUCUUUCUGGGAGGAGAACCAAGCCAACUUCAAUUCUCACUGAUUGAUGUGCUUAGUGUUUUUAUGUGAUACAUGCAUCUUGUGGUGAUGAGUUUUGUGAAUUUCUUUUCCUUUCUGUUUGUUCUAGUUUUCCAGAGGGAUCUCUUUGAUGGUGUAUUUCAGUAUUUUGUAUGAAAUCUUCAACUGGGUGUCAAUGAAUUUUGAGACAUAUACUGAGAGGUUAUAUCUACAUUGACCAAGAACUCAACGUAUAUUUGCUGCCUGACUCUUUUGAGGCAAGGAACUUCUUUUGGUAUGUCUAUAGAUGAAAAAAAUGGAUCAGAAACGAAAGAUCUCAACAUAUCGAGAAGAAAUGGAUCAUACCCUGUCAUCACCCAAUCUUGCAAAUGGGGAAUAUAUCAAGAAUGUUAUCCGAAAUCAACUCCUAAAUUCAUCAUAUUCUGAGAACCACGAAAACAUAGAAUAUGUCAUAGAUGAGAGAACCACUGAAGUAUCAAAUUUUCUUGGUAUGGUGAAGAGUGCUAGUGAAACACCAGAUGCUGAUUGGAAGAUAAAAGAGGAUGGUGAACAGUUCCGUGUUAUGUAUCGCGAAGGACCCCAAGGCACUCCCUUCCACACACUUCUUGCUGAAGGUUAUGUAGAUGCACCUCUAGAUAUUUGUUUGUGUGUAGGAAUGGAGUCAGAGCUAUAUGGUCGAUGGUGGCCUCAGUAUGCCAUUCCAACUUUUAAAAUUCUCAAAGCUGGAUGUUUGCAAAAGGUUCGAAUUGGUGAACAAGUAUCUCUAGUGAGGAUGAAGGUUUCUUGGCCACUAUCAGAUAGAGAGGCAAUUGUGCACUUUUUUGAAUUGGAGUUCUUUGAAGAUGAUCUUAUCAUUGUGCUUAUAAACUCGGUCUCUGACUUAGAAAGCAUAAAUAGAAGCACCCAUGGGUUCACCAAUGAAUGUAUAUCUGAAGCAAACAAUAUGGUGCGGAUAGAUUUGGUCGGAGGCUUUGCAUUGAAAAAGUUAACCUCAGAAAUGAGCUACUACCGGACAGUAAUAACUAUGGAUCUCAAGUUGGAUUUUGUUCCCCCAUCGUUUAUUAAUUUUGUCUCAAGGCAACUCAUAGGAAGUGCUUGCAAGCUCUACAGGAAGGUAGUUUCUUCUGCCAAAAUUGAUGAGAAAUUCUCAAAGGCCUUGGAGGAUCCACUAUAUGUUCGGGUACGUGAAGGUCUAUAUUCCAACAUUAAAUUACAGAAGGCUCUGGUAGUAGAAGCUAUGAAGAAUGAUGAAUCUCCACGUCUCCUCCCUGAAGAACAUACAGCUUGUAGUCCCCAGGAUAAUACACCAGUUUUAAACCAGAUGUCUCCCAACAAUGAUCAUACAGUGGAAACUCCAGAAGAUGAUAAGAUAGUUAUAGACCAGAUGCCUGUUAGUGAGAUUGUGGAAGAAGAGAUUGAGCAAUAUAGGCAAGUGGAGGAUAGUAAUGAAGGAAAACUUUUCUCUUCAACCAAUCUGAUUCCGGAGCAGUUCUGUCUCAACAAGAAAAAUAAAGGUUUUAUAAGUCCUGAAGUUAAACAAGCCCUUGGCAUAUUAGAUCAGGCAAUUUCUAUGGUACGAAGUGGUGGAUUUAGUGACCGAAGUUGCUCCAGUUCUGGCUCCCUCAGUCAAGAGUUUCUAGAUUUGGAUGAGGAUGUACAGGCAGACGUCACUUCUUUACAAGAUGGUUUUAACUCAAUUGAUGCAGCUUCUAUUGAGACACCAAUAGCAGAUAGCAUGAAUAGGUCCUCACAGGAAGCCACUGUCAACUCUGAUUCUCAAAAUUUCAGGCAUGCUGGACCAGAGUCUCCUGCAUGGGAAAUAAAUCGUAAUAGAGUAGCACCAGUAUCACCUGAGCAAAGUCUCUCCAUUUUGACAAAAAAUCAACAAGUUGCUUUGAGUUCUUCACAUAAUGGAAAAACAGAGCCACAGUUGCAAGACUAUAUGAAUAAAGAUUCUAAAGAAGUUGGUGCUAAGGUAAAUAACACCCAUGAAAAUAGUUUUAAUGGUGUUGUAGAGAAGACAAAGCAUCAGAAGCAGCAGGUUUGUUGCUUUCCCUUCAUAUCAAGAUGCAGUUGGUAGUUUGAAAGAAUAAUUGGUAAUUUAGUUUCCUUUAAUGUAAAAUAUGAGUUACUUUAUAUCCAGUGUUGUAAAUACACUUGCUCCUGAAUAAAAGUAAGUUAUAUUAAUGUCCUUGCAAAGGACUAUAAUUUGAUCAUAAAAUCAAACAACUGUUUGGUUAAAGACAUGGAGAACUAACAGUUAUGUUGGUGUGCCCCUACAAAAACUUCUUUUUGUUAUCAGACCUUUUCGUUUUUUUUUUUUAUGAUUGAAAUAAGUUUAUUAAUGAGCAAUAGACAAUAGUACACCCUCUCUAGGCUAGUUAAGUACAAAUUCUAGAUUACUAAUAGUUUACAAAGUAGCACAAAAAAGGUCUUCCCUGGAAACCCCCUGUUUGGCUAAAGAAUCAGCUAUAGAAUUAGCAGACCUGCUAACCCAUUUUACCUCAACUCUCACAUUGCUGGUUAACCACUUUACU